UGUUUGUUUUGUUGGUGUUAAUUUAUAAAAACUAAUUACUUAUUUAUUUAUAAUUUUAAGUUUUAUAACGUAUUUAUUCUGUAGUAACAUAAUAGUACUGAUGAGAAUGAAAACUUUGAGUUCGGAAAUAAAUGGCACACACAAUGAAAGUUCAGAGAGACAUACACAUUUGUUGAACGAAAAAAGAGGUCAUAAUUCUUCGAAAAUUAAAGAACCUUUAAUUAAAAAUAUAAAUAGUGCAAAAGAUUCGCUUUCUGGCUAUAAAGAACGUCUCUUUAAUGAUUCUACUUCAUCAAAUAACUAUGAUACAAGGAGCCAAAGUCUGCCAGAUUGUUGGGAUGAUAAUACUAAUAAAUUAAGAGAUAAUUUACAUUUUAUAGAUAAUUGUGAUGUUAAUAGCAAAUUAUUAAUUCAUAACAGCCCUCCACAUUCACCUACGAAUGAUAUGUGGUUUAAAACCUGGCCUGAAAGAUGUGAUAAAAUAAAAAGUAAUGAGUUAAGUCCAGAUAGUUCUACAAAAAGUGUAGUAUCAAAUGUAUGCAAGAAUACUCAAUUAAGACAUAGUAAUUGUGAUGUAGGAAAUAGUAACGUCAAAAAUAAGUUUACUUUAAAUGAAGCGUUACAGAACAUAUCAUUAGCUUAUAGCCCGGUGACGAAGCAGUUACAUUUAGUUGAAAAAAUAGAUGUUUUAUCGAAAAGGCCUAAUGUAGAUUCGGAAGAUAUAAGCGGCAAUUUUAACAAAGAAGAUCUGGAAUUAGAUAAAAGGUGUAAUAUCGAAUUUAACAACUCAAAGAAAUCUGGACAUAAGCGUACUGAAGCUGGGUCAUUUUCAAGUACAAUCUCUACAGUUUCGACUUUGAGUGGUAUAAGUGACCCUUCUCCAUCAGGAAGUUUAUUAGGUUCUGAAGAUAGAUCUUUACAUAGUUUUGACAUUACUAGUGGGAAAACAAGGAAAAAGAGUAUUACAAAUUUCUUUACAAGAAAUGUAUUUUCUUGGAAGUCAGGAACAAAUGAUAUAAAUAAUUAUAACAGUAGUGUUUGGAAAUUAUUCAGCAAGCAUUCUAAUAGUACUUCAAAUUCUCCAGUCCGUGUAGUAGCUAGCUCUUCGGCUUUGAUACAACAUGAAAGGCCUUCUAGUUUACCAGCAAAAGCACUGGAAGAAGAACAAAGACAUAGAGAGGAAUAUAAAGCUAUUAUUGCAGCUGCCAAAAGGAAGGAGGCAAAAAGCACUGCGGCAAAACAGAAACAACAGAAAUUGCAAUUGCAGCUUGAAGAGCAACAAGCCACCUCAACUAAACAUUUUAUUCAACAAGUUCUUCCAAAUUGGGAGACUAUGCGAACAAAUAAAAAAACUCAAGAGCUGUGGUGGCAAGGUCUUCCAUCUAGUGUAAGAGGAAAGGUUUGGCGUUUGGCUAUAGGUAACGAACUAAACGUGACGUCCCAGUUGUAUGAAAUAUGCCUCUGUCGUGCUCAAAAUAGGUUAAACAGUCCAGAACCACCCAAAUGUGAUUCAAAUGUCGAUCCAGAAAGCAGCAUGGAUGUAAUCCAAUUAGAUAUAUCGAGGACAUUUCCGCAUCUCUGUAUAUUUCAAGAGGGGGGUCCAUAUUCUGAAACUUUACACUCAUUAUUAGCUGCUUAUGUGUGUUACAGGCCAGAUGUCGGCUAUGUACAAGGAAUGUCUUACAUAGCGGCAAUUCUAAUACUGAAUAUGGAACCGUUUGACGCUUUCAUAUGUUUUGCAAAUUUACUAAACCAGCCACUACAUUUGUCUGCCUUUACAUUGAAUCAAGCACAGAUGCAAGCAUAUUACGAUGCGUACAAUGAAGUGUUUAAAUUUAACUUGCCUAAAUUAUACUCUCAUUUUGAAAAGUCUGGACUUACACCCGAUCUGUAUUUAUUAGACUGGAUCUAUACAAUAUUUGCAAAAGCCAUGCCACUUGAUAUUGCCUGCCGAGUUUGGGAUAUUUUUCUCAGGGAUGGAUUUGAGUUUAUUUUUCGAACAGCUUUAGGUAUUUUACAUUUGAAUCAAGAUGUCUUAAUGGAAAUGGAUUUUUUACAUGGGGCACAAUUCCUUACACAUUUGCCUGAAGAUACGUCUUCAGAUCAGUUAUUUAAGAGUAUACAAGUGGUUAAUACUACAAUUGGAAAACGAACUUUUACUCAAAUUGUAGACAAGUACGUUUUUUCUACAACUUCUCAAUGCAGUUAGUGUAUAGAAUUUUUUAAUAAUUGGAAUAUUUUUAUUGACAUAUAAAAUAAACUUUAUGGAUUUAGUAGGUCUAAAAUUUGGAGGACUUGUUACACUGAAGGCGUACUUUGCAGACAAAUUUUUAUAAUUACAUAUUAAUCUAUUUUAUAAUUUUAAUGUACAGAAAAAGAUCAAAUAUUAUUCUAGCGUAACCGAAUUUCCGUCCAAAUAAUACGGAUUAUUGUUUUUUUUUUGAAUCUCCAUUGUAUUUACUCAUUACUUCUCUCUAUUUUUUUUUUAAAUAUAUUUAGAAAACUGUAUAGGCAAGCCUUGAUUUAAAAAGUUUCAAUGUAGAAAUAUAUUGUAUAUAUAAAUUACAUAGCACUAUAUGGUUAUCAAAAAUUACGGUUAAGUGUACUGAAUAGAAUAGUAUUUUAUAAAACCGAUCUAGUCAAUAGAGAAAACUUUGCAUUGGAUAUUAACAACGAUUUUGUGAUCAAACAUGCAUUAAACACUACUUUUAAGUUGUUUAUUGUUGAUCUACUAGUGUUAACAUGCUGGAUGAAUAAAAUGUAAUGAACAAUAUCGGAAACCGGAUCAAUUUUUAAACCGAGACUUGCCUAUGUAGGAUUACAGAUAAUAACGUAUAGGCUGUGCGUCAUGUAUGAGUUUCUUCUUUGUUAGUUAAGGGCGCCUACGAAAAAUGAACUGGUAAAUUAAAAUUUGUAAAUAUUAGUUAAAAUGUGCCCUUAAUUAUAAUGAUUACUUUAAUUUUAACUGUCAUUUCUGGAAAACAUAUUGGUAUAUGCAUCGAAUAUGAUGUGCUACGCAUAGACAUUGCCUUGCUUUCUUUCGUAACUUCUUUAUUUGAGAAGCAGGAUUUUUAAAUAUAUACUAGGGUGGCCCAAAAAAACGAAUAUUUUUUUUUC